AUGUGAGAACCAGUGGAAAGAGUCGUGAAGUUAAACCGAGGAAGGAGAGGACAGCAUUUACAAAGCAACAGGUUCGUCAUCUAGAAUUUGAGUUUGGACACAGCAAUUAUUUAACGAGACUCCGGAGAUAUGAAAUUGCGGUGGCCCUUGAUUUAACCGAGAGACAGGUGAAAGUUUGGUUUCAAAAUCGUAGAAUGAAAUGGAAACGAACGAAAAAUGUCCUGGAUAAGAAAAAGACCAUCGAUUCGUCUUCACUCAUGGAAUCAAACUCAAACAGCUCUGGAGAAAUUCUAAUGUAGGAAUAUGUAUAAGCACUUACUUAAGGAUAAUUAAUGUAGCUCCAAAUGCCAAAUAAAAUUUAUGAACAUGUAUUUAAAUUUCUA